AUGGCCAAGAACAGAUUAAGAGGGCAGAAGUCCGGGAAUGUAUUUCACAUAGCUGGCCAAAAAAACUUUAAGGCUAAAAACAAAGCAAAACCAGUUACCACUAAUCUUAAGAAGAUUCCUCAGCCAUGUCAUGAAAGCGAACCAGUUAAUGUUGAUGAAGCUACAAGAUUAAUGGCUCAGUUGUAAUACAGUGGUGAUAUAUCUAA